GCGAUUAUCCAUCCGUUUAUUUAUUUCUUGUUUCUCUCUGCAAUUCUAGAUUUUGGCAUCAUCUUUUUAUUUCUUCAUUUUCAUUUCAUUUCAUUUUUAAAAAAGCAAUGCGCCCGUUCUUCACACUGGCCAUUUUGGCCUCAGCCGCCAUACACGUCACAUCGGCAGCUUUCGACUGUAAAAAGGCGCAGAUAGCCGGUUUCGCCUACGACCUCAGUGCGCUUGCUCGAGAUACAAUCCUCGAGAGAAACGCAACAACAGCGCCGACCAUCACAAACACCAAAUACGUGAUCAACCCCUGUGCACCACUCCAAUCCUCCCCCGACUCUGUGCCCAAAAUCGACCAAUGCCCAGAGAAUGCCUGGGUGUGCCGGUCAGUGACAAACUACAAGGACAAGGAGGGCGCGCGUUUGACCGAGGUCAACUCUGUCGGCGGCAAGUCUAAAUCAGACGAGCCGACUCUGCAGGCUACGACGUCGGGUAGCGAUAGACCCGCUGAGUUUCAUUGGAAAAUGAGUGGCGCCGAGGUCGACGGCGUCAAGUGGUCGACGGAUAUCAAAUUUGUUUGCAAUAAGGGGGCGAAAAACGAGGAUUCGCCAAAGCUGGUGGCGUUCAAGGAUGGGUUGCUUGAGCUCGAGUGGUCGGUGCCCGCCGCAUGUGCCCUGGGCGAUGAUGGCAAGGACAAGGGGCCCGAGGACGACAACAAGGAUGGUGAUAAGGGCGGAGACAAGGACGGUGAGGAGACCAGUGGUGGUGGGUUCUUUUCAACUGUAUUUUCGCUGUUCAUCUCUGGACUUGUCUUGUACUUGGUGCUGGGCGUCAUGUACAACUACUUGGUUGUGCGGGCUACUGGCAUGGACGUGAUCCCCAAUCUCGCCUUUUGGCGCGAGUUCCCUUACUUGUGCACUGAUUUUGCUCAGCACAUCUGGGACACUGUCAGCGGACGUCGCCAUGGCGGGUACUCGGUCGUCUAAGCGAACGCGUGGGUUUCUGUUUUUAGUCGUGACAUCAUUUCCCUUUUGUCUUUGGUCAGAAAGAAUGAACAAAAACUAAAGUUUGGGUUGGGUUGGGGAAAGGGAAAAUCCCUUGCAUGCCUAUUUUCCCUCAGAAAAGUCCCUUGCAUGAUUUCUACUCCAGAAAAACAAGUGCCAAUUCGUUGUUUUCUUUCUUUUACAAGCUCAUA